CCCUUUUUUUAGCUAAUUUGCCUGGACCAAGACUGCUUUCCUUUUAGGGAACACAAUCGACACAAGUAUAUAAUAUCGUUCUAUCUUUGUUACUCAUUGAAUAUAAAAAAAAGAUAAAACGAUGCUUGUGUCGAUUGUGUUCCCUAAAAGAAAAGCAGUCUAAAUUGCGUAAACGUAGUUGUAAACCUAAAAUUGUAAAAAACUGAUCAAUCACAAAUAAUUAUUUUUUUAGUAAUCGAAGAAUAAUCGACUGUGAUUAGUUGAUUUCGUACAACCUUAUGUUUACAACUACGUUUACGCAAUUGUAAAAUCGCCUUAAUGUAGUGCCACAUUCAUUCCAUAAUUCCAUUCAUUCCUAUAACCGCUAUAACCUCACUAGUCACUUGGGUGAAUAUCACACUUACGGAUCAGUUAUAGACGAUAAACAUGUAUUUGACAAUUCUUCGCUUUCUAUAGUCAAGUAACAUAUUAUCAACGUAACGCAAUAUCUCAGGGUUUCCUGGCGUUUUAGUCAUUGCCGUGCAGUAGCUAGCGACAGAUAACGUAGUAUUUUAAGAACCAAAUAGUGUCACUUAUCUGAUUGUGUCGUGUGGUAUAUAAACGGAAAUUUUAUUUACAAGUGUCUUAAUCGUGUAUCUAAGCGUUGUGUUCUAUAAAGUUCUAUAAAGUUCGUACUUUUUAAAAAGAAGGAACACUUGAGACGGGCAAAAUAAUUAAGAUGGCAUUGGGACAGAGAAUAUCUUUACAGAUAAAGGAACUGGUGAACAUAUACAAAUUGUUAGCUACAUAUCCAUCCUUGAGCAGUGCACAGAUUCUGGGUACUCCAAGUGGCAGGCUGUCUGUACAAGGCUCAUGGACCCAGAGGAAUCUGGAGAGGAAAACAGAUCAACGCUUUUUACAGAAUUAUGAUUUAAACUCAGAUUUAACUCCAAUUUCUACUGGAUUUCCAGUUGAUAUAUCCACAGAGUUGAUGUCUAGCCUAACAAAGAAUGAAGAACGUAGAGCUGUGUUGCGACAAGCCACGAUUGAUAAUUCUACAAAGCAGUUUAUAGAAAUCUGGGAUAAGCAACAUUUUGUGAAGAAUUAUGAUUUAUCUGCCCUGGAUGUUCAUGGCGAUGUUUAUACUGAUAUUGAAUUUCGUUCGUUUGAAUGGUCUCCGGAUAACACUAAGGUCCUGUAUAUAGCGGAAAAAAAGCUUCCCAAAUCAGAACCAUUUUAUAAGCAAAAAUCAUUAGAUAAAAAAGAUAAAGAUAAGAAAGAGGAUGAUGAAACAAUGCUGGGUAAUGAAUAUAUCCACAAACCACAAUGGGGAGAGCAAUUGGUAGGUAAACAUCGACCUGUUGUUGCUGUCCUUGAUACGACGAUCGACACUAUUACAAUUUUAUCUGGAAUACCAGAUGAAUUUUCUCCUGGUCAAGUGAUUUGGACGAAAGAUCAAGAUGUAAUUGGUGUUGCUUGGAAACAUGAGCCAAUAUACUUAGGUCUUACUGCGUGCACCAAUAGAUACUCUUGGGUAUUUUUAUUAAAAAAUGGAGAAUAUCGAAAAUUAUCUGAGGACGGAUGUGCUGUGCACAGUCCUAGAAUUAGCCCCGAUGGAAAUUAUCUCGUGUGGUUGCAGAGAGAAGCAGGUGCCGUCCCACACCAUAAUGCGCACAAGCUUAUGUUCCGAGAUUUGAGAGUGGAAAAAGAUCACAUUAUUGAGAUUGUGGAAGCAGUGCGAACGAGUAAAAUAAUUAAUCAUGGCAAACAAUUUUAUGGGAUAUACGCUCGUUUACCCCGUCGUUGUUGGAGUAACGACUCUGAAUACUUAUUUUUUAGUACUCCGCAAAGAAACAAUAUCGUCUCAUACAUCGUGAAUAUAAAUACGAAAGAUGUUACUGAGAUAAAAAACGAUAGAAGUAGUCUUUCUAUACUAGAUGUAAAGGAGAAUAUGAUUGCGUUUUUGAACACUUCUUUAAUACAACCUUCUAGCCUUAUGAUAGCUCGUUUUGAUAAUGAAGUCGCAACUAGUGGCAAUAUUCCCAGAAUUGCGCUUACAACUCCACUAAAUAUCACUGGUUUCGAAAAAAUUACAUAUGAACAAAACGAAUAUAGUUAUGAUAACGAUGACAGUAUAAAGCAAUUUAAUUAUAUUUAUUUUGGUCCAAAAAGUGGUAAAAAUCAAUCAGUACCUUUUAUAGUAAUACCACAUGGAGGACCUCAUAGCAGUUUUGCGAACACAUUUUCUUUGGAAUCUGCUUUCUUUAUAUUAGCAGGUUUUGCGGUCGUACUAGUGAACUAUCGUGGCUCCACGGGAAUGGGCAGUGCAACGGUAGAAUAUCUUCAAGGAAAAGUCGGAAAUGUGGAUGUGAAAGAUUGUAUAACCGCUACGCAGGAAGUACUUAAGAAGUAUUCCUGGCUCGAUCCUAAACGCCUAGGUCUUUGUGGCGGAUCUCACGGGGGAUUCUUGGUAGCACAUUUGAGUGGACAAGCUCCGGAUCUAUUCAAAGCGGUAGUUGCUAAAAAUCCGGUAAUUGACAUCGCCACCAUGUUCAGUAUAUCCGACAUCCCAGACUGGUGUAUAGUGGAAGCAGGUCUCCUUUACAAUAUCGUUACUGGUUCUUGGCCCGAAGACACCGACAUGUUUGUGAAGAUGAGAAAAUGCUCUCCCAUCGUGUACGUCGAUAAAGUCAAGGCACCAACUUUAGUCUGCAUUGGAACGAAGGAUCUGCGAGUACCACCCUCUCAAGGAACGAUGUGGUAUAAUCGACUCAAAAUUAACAAAGUGAAAACUAAAAUGCUCGUAUAUGAUGACAAUCAUCAGCUGUCAACUGGAUCAGCUGAAAUCGAUCACAUCAUUAACGAUUGUCUCUGGUUAUUGGAGCAUACAUCUAAACAAUCUGAAGACAAAAAAUAAAUCACAGCAUUUGAUUACAUGUGUGUGUGUAUAUAUACAUAAAUCUUUAUUAUCACAAAUUGAAUAUUUACAAUUUUAUUACAUACAAUUUGUAAAGAGACUUACAUAACAAUUCAAUCUCCAUAAAAAUAACGCACAAGUCUAAAAUUUGUAUACAUUAUAUAAAUUUUUAAAUAUACGUACAAAAGUUGUUUUAUACUCGUAUGUAUAUAUAUGUAUAUAAGUCGCACAUACUCAAGUAAAGCAGCCCCUAAAUUAUCAA